AUGGAUGUUUGUCCAAGCAACUACGACCGGAACGAGGCCACAAAUACGUGCUGGACUGAAUGCCCCAUCAAGUAUCCUGUUGAAUGCGGCAUGGAAUGUAUCCGUCAAAAUGACGACUGUGGGAUUGAGGUGGCCAGCAAGUUCUCUGCCUUUGGCAUUACCGUCCUCAGUAGUGCCACAUUUGGUGCGUUUGGUGCGCUGGAGAUACUGGGCAAGAAGGUCUGGUGGGCUGCCGGGUGCUCCACGUUGGUCAUGGUGACGAUGCGAGGCAUCCUCCGAUACAUUCGCACCAUGAAAGCUGCAGAUCCCCAGGCGUCCGACCGCAAAAUACUCCUCCUACUGUUUCACUCUAGCAUUGUGGUCACGGAUUUACCUCUUACUAUUGCAGUUUGCAUGAAAAUGCCUCUGGCUCAUGCUGAUAGUAUUAUUUUGAGUUGGCAGCGAUUCCGAGCAUUUCUUAGAGGGGCCAACUUCACUGAAGCCGCCGAGAAGAUCACCAAGGGGGAGAUCAAGUCGCUUGAGACAGCCAUGAAGCAAAAUUCGAGCUGUGGCGGAGAGCUCAAGUCUCUAGUAGACCGGGUAUGGCUUACUGUGAACGAGUACCGAGAAGAGAAUCCUGGCAUCACAGAUGAUGAAGUUCGGCUAAAGAUUACCGACUCCGACCUCCCGAGUCCAAUCAAGCAACCGCUUACAAGACGCGUGAGGUUUUGCGCAAGACCUUUGGAGUUAUUAUGA